UCCGCUGCCUGUCGCCGAUAUCAACCAUGCCGCCGCCCUGAUUGACGAGAGGCUGGUGAAUGGCUCCCAGAAGAGUGCCCAGUUCAACAACCUCGUCUCACGCCUCAUCUCUCAGCCCGUUCUAGACCAAAAGGCCCGCAUGCUGCACUUCCUCCUCGAGCUCUCCGACAUCCCUACGCCAGAUACUCGCAGCCGGUCACGAGAUCCAACCACUCCCUCACGUCACCAGGGCGUAGAUGGCCGCCUAGCAGGCAGCCCUUCCUUCAGAGACGCUUUCUCUCGCCCAGGACUCUCCCAGAUCCCCGUGAGCGAUGGUUCGCCUAAGGCUAUAGCCCGGAAUCUGUCACCCGCAGAGCGGUUGGAAAGGAGGAGAGAGAGGCGGUCAAGAGAUAUACCCAAGGAACAGGCGCCUGAUGCAGAGCAGAUGGGGGUCAACAAAGCGCCCUCCGAGCCCAGUCUUCUGCGUGACUUGCCAUUCACUCUGCAAGGACUUUCGUCGACGAAUCUAGUCUUUGCGACUUCGCCCGCCCUGAAGAUCCCAUCCACUCUCCCGGUUCCUCUUGUGAGCCUUCUUCACACCCUGGCUGAACCAUCUCUCCUGUAUCGUGGCCUAUCUGAAUUCGUGGAGUCGACCGAAGGCGGGCUUGUCGGUCAAAGCUUCCGGUCUGCUCUGGCCAAGGAACUGAGGUCGUAUCUGGGGCUGGUCGCGACACUCGAGGGCCAGAUUCGGAGGGCGCUGGCACAGCUCGAUGACUCCCAGCCCCGUCAAGGAAUCGGCAAAGCCGGUGUUACAUUGAAGCGCUGCGUGAUUUGGACGAGAGAAGCAACCCAAGGCCUGCGUCUGAUGAGUCUGAUGGUGGAGGAAUCGAAAACCAGAAAGGGCGGCGAACUGAUAUCCUUGAUCCACUCCUUUUCCCUUUCUCAUGGUGACCCAUACGUUGGCGUCUUCGCCGAACGUCUCUUGACCGAUGUCACGCGUCCCUUCUACGACAUGCUCCGGCAAUGGAUCUACGAUGGUGAGCUGGCAGACCCAUUUGGCGAAUUCUUCGUUUCAGAACAGAGCGAGGAGGAAAUCCGCGAGCAAAAUGGCCAAGAGGGCAAAGGCGGUGCAACAAGUGUAUGGGAAGACAAGUACAAGCUGAAUAGCAAAAUGGUCCCAACCAUCAUCACCGAGGAGUUUGCGAAUAAAGUUUUCCUUAUUGGAAAGACGCUCAACUUCAUACGCUACGGAUGCGGUGACGCGACCUGGGUGGAUACGUACUCGAAGGAAGCCUCAAAAGAGCUACGCUAUGGCGACACAGCCAAUCUUGAGCGAUCCAUCGGUGACGCUUACAAAACUACCAUGGCCAGGCUGAUUGAUCUCAUGGCCAACAAGUUCAAGCUCUUCGAGCAUUUGCAGGCUCUCAAACGCUAUCUCCUUCUUGGGGCUGGCGACUUCAUUGCCGUGCUCAUGGAGUCACUGUCAUCCAACCUUGACCGACCCGCCAACACGCAAUACCGCCACACCCUCACCGCACAGCUCGAGCACGCCGUGCGCAACUCGAAUGCACAAUUUGACUCGCCCGACGUCCUCCGCCGUCUUGACUCGCGCAUGUUAGAACUGUCUCACGGCGAAAUUGGCUGGGACGUCUUCACCCUCGAGUACAAAAUCGACGCACCGGUUGACGUUAUCGUCACCCCUUUCGGUUCCAAGCAAUACCUCAAAGUUUUCAACUUCCUCUGGCGCGUCAAACGCGUCGAAUUUGCUCUGGGCUCUACCUGGCGGCGUUGCAUGACGGGCGCCCGGGGUGUCCUAAGCACCGUCUCUGACAAAGUCGGCGCCGACUGGAAAAAGGUCCGCGGCGGCAUCGCAGAAAUGAUCCACUUCAUCAACCAACUCCAAUACUACAUCCUUUUCGAAGUUAUUGAAAGCUCCUGGACCGAACUCCAAGACGCCCUUCACAAACCGGAAUCCACUCUCGACGACAUGAUCCACGCCCACGCGAAAUACCUAAACUCAAUCACCCGCAAGGGACUGCUUGGUUCGCAAUCAACGGAUUUCACAGCCCAGCUCCACGAACUGUUGAAAACUAUGCUCGCGUACAAAGACGCAGUCGACGGCCUCUACUCUUUCUCGACUCUUCCCGCGCCCACUCUGCCCGUCCCUCAUCCACUGACUCCCCUCUCCCGCCCCCUCUCCUCAAAAUCGGCGCAGACGAUGGCACAGGAGGGGAAGACAACGAUAUCCUCCCCGCGCUGCGAAAACGUCUUGCGGCGCUGAU